AUGGGGUACCACACACAGCAGCCUUGUGAGACGUUCUUCGUCGAGGAAUCGCACCCUACACAACGACCCCCCCACACCCAAGACUACAUCAAGAUGGCCGGUCGGCGCAGACAGGAAGCGAUGGCCAACGAGUUGUCGAGACAGGCCUGCGAUACCUACAUCGAGGAUAUCGUCCGUCACAUGAAGCACAUGGAGGACGAGACCCUUCCCGACGUCGCCUCGAUUGAUAUUCAACAAGAAAUCCAAUGGUUCAUGCGACCUUACCUCAUCGACUUCCUGGUCGAGGCCCACGCGGCUUUCCAACUCCUGCCCGAGACCCUCUUCCUCGCCGUCAACCUGCUCGACCGCUACUGCUCCCGGCGGGUGGUCUACAAUAGACACUACCAAUUGGUGGGAUGUGCUGCGCUCCUGAUCGCCGCCAAGUAUGGGGACCGCAAGGAGCGCGUGCCCAUGAUCCGCGAGCUGAAGUCCAUGUGCUGCAGUCUCUACGACGAGGAUAUGUUUACCCAGAUGGAAUGGCACGUUCUCAACACCCUCGAGUGGAUGGUGGGUCACCCGACCGUCGACAGCUGGAUGCAACUCAACCUGAAGGACGGCCCGGAAUUCGACGACAUCGAGGUCGAGCACAUGUCCUGGUACCUCUGCGAGAUCGCCCUGUACCACAAGGACUUCGUCUCCAAGAAGCCGUCCGUCAUGGCCGAAGCCUCCAUCGCCUUGGCGCGGGGUAUCCUCGGCCGCCACGAUAUCAUGGAGGAUACCCACUGCGAGGUGAGCCAGACGAUCGUCGAGCUGUCCCACAAGCUGGAGCGCCCCUCGCAGGUGCUGUUCCGCAAGUACGCCACCCCGCACCUGUCUCGCGUGUCCACGACCCUGGACGGCUUUCUCCGCCAUCAAGCCAUGAUCCGACACGCCAGCCCGCCGAGCCCGCCCCGGGAGCCCAGCACGACCCGACCCUCCCAGCACGAGAUCUACCCUGGUACGCCGCAGAAGCCCUACGGUGCGACGGUCAGUGGUUACAUGACGCCCCCCAUCACUCCGGAAGGCGAGUAUUUCGUGAACGGCCACCCGGCUCCGCGCUGCCCCGUGACCCCGACCCCGACCUCCAACCAGCCCGGUCAGUACCGGCAGCAUUUGGAGGCUCGGACGUGGGGACACGAGAAAACCGACCCGAAUCGCAUUACAUCAUAA